AUGGGCCAUCUGGUUUUUCAGGCCCACGAUGCAGUUGGACCGCAUGGACCGUUGAAUGUGAUGAAUGUCGAAAGAGGAAGCGAGACGAUUCUUCUCGCUCAAGUGACCCUAAUGUUGGACCUCGAUUUUGGAACUUAUGUGGUGCCACCAACGAAGCCAUUCAUACCCGUGGCGAAUGUUGUGAGGAUCAUGCAGCGUGUGGUACCAACACAUGUCAAGAUCGCUGAUGAUAUGAAGGAGAUUGUUCAACAUUGUGUCUCGGAAUUCAUUGGUGUGAUCACUGUCGAAGCUAACAUGCAUUGUCAGAGCGAGAGUCGUAGAACGAUUACCGCCGAUGACAUUAUGUGGGCCAUGGCCAAGCUAGGGUUUGAUGAUUAUGUUAACACACUUUCCAUUUACAUGUUCCGUUAUCGUGAGGCAAAAUCAAUGGGGAUGACCGUCUCGAUGAGACCAUUCAUGACUUUUGGGCCAAUUCCAGACACAAUGGGCCAGUUUUGCAGGCCCACGAUGUAG